CGCCGCGCCGACUCCACCGACGCGGUGGCGACGUUCCUGACGCGUCGCUUCGGCAUCGCGGGCGGGCUCGCGUGGCUCGGCGUGCUCACCUUCGGCGUCGUCUCCGAGCAGCUCAAGACCAGGCGCGAGGUGCGCGAGGCGCGGGAGAACACGAAGGACGUCGCCAACGCCAAGGAGGUGACCACGGCGUCCGGUUUACGAUACACCGACCUUCGCGUGGGGGGCGGCGAGGUUCCUCGGAACGGGUACCUCCUCGCCGCCAACCUCGUGGCGACGAUCGACGGCACCGGCGACGUCGUGCUGGACACGCGCCGGACCAACCGGCAGGUCAUCUUCACGUUCGGCAAGCCCCAAGGGCCGUUCACCCGGGGCGUGAUGGAGGCGGUGGGUUCGAUGCGACAGGGCGGGCGGCGGAUCGUGUUAGUGCCCCCUGAAUUGGGUUUCGGCGACGAGGAGGUUAGGUUGCAAGACGGGACGGUGCCGGCGGGGGCGACGGUGAGGUACGACCUGGAGCUGACGCGAGUCUCCGUGCCGCCGUCUUAG